GAUUGCCAAAAAUCAGCCAACUCCUCUACAAAAUGACAUCGUUGAAGCUUCACCAUGCCUUUUCUUUUAUACGUAUCGUAGCUGUGUUUCUCAUGUUGAACGAGAACUGUGACAUAGCUGGGACUCGGAGUAACCUGGGAACUCUUUGUAUCAAAUAAUAUCUUGCCUUUUCAAUUAUAAAUCCUGUUUUCCUAUUUUUCCUGCUUCAUGAACGUGUAAACUUGUUGAUCUUAGCUAUUAAGUGUUCUGGGAUGAAGCAUCUGCCUUCUGCCACGUGUCAUCGCAAGUAUUAGUUUUACUGGUAUUCCCCACCCCAACACACACACACACAGCUAGUUAGCUGUUUUUACAAGUUGGGAUGUGAAGAGAAAUGCUUUGUUCUCCUUGAAACCACCAUCUCUUUCCUGUGACUUCUGGGCUUUGCAAACAGUUGCACAGAGAAGAAGCCAUGGGCUUAACUCACAUCGUCCCAAACCCCAAAUUCUAUGUUCCGAAUCCAUGGAUAACAAGUAAAACUAGAACCAGAGCCAGAACCAAAAUAACAUCAUUUCCUCGCGCCAACUGCCCAAUUUCCGAGAUCUCUCCACUCAGCCAAUCCUCUCCCAGCAACCCAGCAAAAGCCCAAUUGAAUUUCCCCCACAAAAUCAUCACAUGUAGCAAUAUGGAUUCCAAUAUACCAACCAUGGCAGAAAUCAUGGAGGCAUCAAAAGCCCAAAACCUUGAGCUUCAGCUCCAAACACUGGGACCCUUCUUCAGAAUCACAGCCAAGAGCUUGGAUAGCCAGAGAGAGGUUGGGAGAGCCGAGGGGUUGAUAAGGGUGUGGCUGGGAGGGAAGAAGAUCCUUCACCUGGACAGCAUCAGAUUGAAGAGGGAGACGAUGGGAAUGAAGAGGUCAAUAUUUGGGACAGGGCUGUUCAUUGGAGCUGUUGCUAUCAGAUAUGGCUACGACUGUGGUUGCAGGACAGCUGAGCUGCUUGCCAUCAACGACACUGAUCUUUACCACUCCAAGCUAGUGAGGUUUUACACAAGAAUGGGGUUCAAGGCAGUGUACGAAGUGAGCGGGUCGUGGAUAGGAGACGUAGCCCACAUGUUGGUCUGGGGUGGCGUCGGCACCCGAAUGGAUGCCGAUAUCUCAUACCUCCUACACAGAUGGUGCGCCAGAUUCAAGUCUAAGUCUCCUUGAUUUCUUUACCUUUUUUUUAUUUUUUUAUUUCUAUUUUCCCCCCCAGUGGAAUGGAAAUUAUUGGAGUGGACCCUAAAAUAUUAUAUAUAUAUAUAUAUAACUGCAGGUCUCAAUUUCAUUUUAUAAAAUAAUUAUGUUAUGUAAUUCUUUCAAAAUUCAUAAAUUAACGAAAGUGAGAGGGGAAGAUUCAUGAUUAUAUAAUUUUGAUAGUAUUUGUGUAUUUUCUUUUCCCAAGUUCCAUUCUGGUCUUACCCUUUAAUUAAACUAAUUCUUAACUAAUUACAAAACAGUACGAAUAAGAUCCAAAUUAAUAAGCACAUUAUCUAUUGAAUUAAGAUAAAAUUAUUAAAAUAAAAAAAGGUGGUUAUGGGGUUUUAGGCUAUAAUAUAAAAUAAUUUUAUGACUAAUUUAAUUGCAUACUAUGGAAUAUGGUAUAAACUGUUCAUGUGUAAAUUAUUAUAAUAGUAAUGACAAUAAGAUAUUACAAUAAAUUUGUAGUCAUAAUAUAUAAAAGGGUAAUAGCAAUUAUUAUUCUAAAUUAUUUAUAUAAAAAAAUUAAAAGUUAAAUCAUUUAUGAUAAGAUUAAAGUCUCUUAUUAAAAAUAAAAUAAAUAUGAUUACAAUAAUUUGAUUAUGUAAAAAAAAAUAAUAAAACUUUCAUAAAAGGGUGAUGGAAUUAAACUAAGUCUUUAAAUGUAGAGUAAAUUCUUAAAUAUUUAUUUAAUCGCAAUUUUGUUAAUUAAUAAACUAUUUUAAAAUAUAAUAUAUUUAUUAUAAACUAAUAAAAUUAUUUAAUAUUAAAAAUAAUAAAUAUAUAUUUAUUUCACCUAACCAUCACACAUUAAUAAA